AUGACAAGGCAAGCAUUUUCAGAUCUCACUUUGGCGGAUAAGAGGUUCUUCGUCAAGGAACCAGUGGACCUUGUCCUUGGCGGAGACAUUUAUCCCCAAAUUAUUUUAAGCGGCUUGAAGAAAAAUGUACUAAGUACACUUCUUGCCCAAGAGACUGUAUUCGGGUGGAUACUAACUGGUCGAGCCGUAACAGUCAGUCCACCAAACAAGAUAGUUUCUUUUUUCAGUGAAGUCACACUGGACAAACAACUAGCUGCCUUUUGGGAAUUAGAAGAUAUCCCAAGAAAAGAAAGACAGACUGAAGAUGACGUGUAUUGCGAGGAGUUAUAUCGGACCACUACGAAGCGCAACCAAGAUGGAAAGUAUGUCGUUACCUUACCCUUCAAACGGGAUUUUCCAUCAAACAUCAAGCUGAGACCAUCACUCAAGAGCGCCUGCUCUCAAUUCUUCCAGAAUGAGACGCGUCUCGCGAAAAAUCCGUGCCUGCAAAAGGAAUAUACUAGAGUGGUGGCAGAAUAUGAAACGCUAGAUCAUAUGGACAAAAUUACAACCAACAUACCUGCAGAUGCAACUGACCAUUAUUUUUUACCUCAUCAUGCCGUCAUGAAGGAAGAGAGCACCUCCACCAAAGUGCGCGUGGUAUUUAACGCUUCAUGCUCGACUGCCAAUGGAAUGAGCCUCAACGACGUCCUUCAUCCAGGUCCGGUAUUGCAAGCAGAUAUGACUGUCCUGAUCCUCCGCUGGCGAUUAUACAAGUAUGUCUUCAACAGCGAUAUCGAGAAGAUGUACCGUCAGAUAAUGGUAAGCAAUUCACAUACUAAAUAUCAGCGAAUAGUUUUUCGCACUUGCCCGAAAGACCCAAUUAGUCUAUACGAAUUAAAGACUGUUACUUUCGGCAUAAAUUGUGCUCGUUAUCUUGCGAUAAGGAUAUUACUUCAAUUAGCUGAUGAUGUUGAAAAUUCCUUCCCAACAGCAUCAAACAUACUUCAAAAAUGCAUGUAUGUUGCCGACGUUCUUGCCGGGGGUCAUAGCAUCGACUCUGCAAUAACAGCCAGAGAUGAAAUUAUGCAAGUUUUGCAGCCCGUGGAUAUCCAUUGCGAAAAUGAAUUUUCAUUGCGAAAAUGGACUUCCAACUGCAACAAAAUUCUAAAGGGCAUCCCAAAAGCCCAUUUGCUCAAUGAAGAUUUUUUAGAUUUCGAAGAUACGAGUUCGGUAAAGGCACUUGGCAUAAGAUGGAAUGCUCAUUGCGACCAUUUUUAUUUUAUGACAAAGCCAAUAAAAAACCACGAUGUUCUUACGAAAAGAGAAAUCCUCUCGGCAAUCGCCAAACUUUUUGAUCCACUAGGGUGGCUCGCCCCAAUAAUAAUUACCGCUAAGAUUAUUAUGCAAAAUAUUUGGUUAGAAGGCACUGAUUGGGACGACACCGUAUCUGUGGUCACAUUAGACCGCUGGCAGACAUUUAUGCAGAAUUAUGGGGAAAUUGAUAAUAUCCGCAUACCUCGUUGGGUGCACUAUUCACCAGCAGACAAUGCCGAAAUCCAUAGGUUCUGCGACGCUUCGGAAAAGGCAUACGCGGCUGCUGUCUACUUGCGUGUGAAGAAACAGGAUCAAGUAUACCUCAACCUACUCCUCGCGAAAACCAGAGUGGCACUUGUUAAGACGAUAUCCCUUCCCCGUUUGGAACUAUGUGGUGCCGUCCUAUUAGCAGAUAUUAUAGAAACUGUCACGGAAAAUCUCAGCCUAGCACAUUUGGAUGUUCAUCUGUGGACAGAUUCGACAAUCCUCCUCGCAUGGAUUCGCAAACCGCCCUGCUCGUGGUCAACCUUUGUGGCACAUCGAGUAACCAAAAUAGUGGAAAAGGUCGGAAACAAUAACUGGCGUCAUGUGGACUCGGCAUCAAAUCCAGCAGACUUAGCAAGCAGAGGACUUCCGGCCAAGGAACUGGUUCACACUUCUUUGUGGUGGCAGGGUCCUUCUUACCUACAAGAAGACAAAUCACGAUGGCCGACAUCAGAAUGUGACUAUGAAACAACGAUGGAAGAGAAAAAGGUAAAGGUAUAUUCAACAACAACAAUCAAUUUCAGCGAUAUUCUUGACCGUUUUUCCAAUUUACCAAGGGCUUUGAGAGUUUUAUCAUAUAUUAAGAGAUUCUCUCAAAAAACCCAUCCUAAUACGAAGACUGCAUUUCAAGCAAAGUCUUGCUUAAUUUCACCUGAUGAAAUUAAAGCAACGACACAACGCUUAAUCAUAAACAGUCAAAAGCAAUAUUACGGUGGAGAAUACGCGAAAUUGAAACAAAAGAAAACAGUUGACACAAAAAGUGAGAUAUUGCCCCCCAAUCCAUUCCUCGACAAAGAUGACAUCAUGAGGGCAGGCGGUCGUCUGGGCGCAUCCCUCAACUUAUCAUAUAGCGAGCGUCAUCCUAUUAUCCUUCCAUACAAUAGCAGGUUAUCACGCCUUAUAACCAAAUUCAUUCACGAAAUAUCACUGCAUGGCAUGCAUCAAAUCAGCUGA